AUGCUCGACGUGGACAAGCUAACGAACGAGGAAAUUCGAGCGGAACUGAUUUCGCGAGGCUACGAAGCCGGGCCGGUUGUUGAUACGACCAGAAAAGUGUAUGUGAAUCAGUUGCGUCGCAUGAUUGAGGAGCAAUUCGGCAGCGGUGAUGCACAUCCCAAGUCGAAAUUAUCUGGCGAUGCCGAUGAAGGCAGUGAUUCUGACGUUUCGCCGGCCCGAUCUCGUGGACUGCGCACUCGACGCCAGUUACGUAUGGCAGCAGAUGAGGACGAUGUAGGAUCUGUGCCUCAGGAGCAGCACCAAACUGCGCGUAAUCCACCUGGGGCAAUUCUCAGUUCCAGUCGCAAAGCCACGCAAGAUAAUUCAUCUGAAUCAGAUGUAGCAGGCACGGAUAGACCAUCCAAGAAACCUCCAGCGGUAGCAUCUGCAUUCGAUCGUAUCGGUGAUGAACUCGAUAAA